AUGUUGUCGUUUCUUUCGUUUAUUAUAGGAAACGCAGCUGAGCUGAUGCAUGAAUACGAUCGAGCCAUGACUGCUUACGAGUCAGCUUUGCGUCAUAAUGCUUAUUCUGUUGCAGCUUUGUCAAGUAUAGCUUCUCUUUGUCGGGGAAGAGAACAAUUUCCAAAGGCUGUUGAAUAUUUCCAAAGGAUAUUAGCUAUUGAUCAAACAAACGGAGAAAUUUGGGGCGCAUUAGGUCAUUGUUAUCUGAUGAUGGAUGACUUACAGAAAGCUUAUAAUGCUUAUCAACAGGCUCUUUACCAUUUACCUAAUCCCAAAGAACCAAAACUUUGGUAUGGAAUUGGUAUUUUAUAUGACCGUUAUGGUUCACUUGAACAUGCGGAAGAAGCCUUUUCUCAAGUAAUGAGAAUGGAACCAAAAUUUGAGAAAGCCAAUGAAAUUUAUUUUAGACUUGGUAUCAUAUAUAAACAACAACAAAAAUAUGAUCAAAGUUUAGAAUGUUUUAAAUACAUUCUCUAUAACCCACCAAAACCUUUAACCGAAGUUGAUAUUUGGUUUCAAAUUGGUCAUGUAUAUGAACAACAAAAAAAUUUCGUAGCUGCUAAAGAGGCUUAUGAACGUGUUUUAGCCGACAAUCCAAACCACGCCAAAGUGCUUCAACAAUUAGGUUGGCUUUAUCAUCAACAAAGUGCAAGCUUCAAUAAUCAAGAUCUGGCUAUUUCAUAUCUAACAAAAUCAUUGGAAUCUGAUGGGACCGAUGCGCAGUCUUGGUAUCUUCUUGGACGUUGUUAUAUGGCACAACAAAAAUAUAACAAGGCUUAUGAAGCAUAUCAACAAGCUGUCUAUCGCGAUUCACGUAAUCCUACGUUUUGGUGUUCUAUUGGUGUCCUUUAUUAUCAAAUAAAUCAGUUUCGGGAUGCCUUGGAUGCUUAUAGUAGAGCAAUUCGGUUGAAUCCAUUUAUUAGUGAAGUUUGGUAUGAUCUAGGGACACUGUAUGAAUCUUGUAACAAUCAAAUCAAUGACGCGUUGGAUGCCUAUCAACGUGCAGCUGAAUUGGAUCCUACAAAUCCUCAUAUAAAGCAAAGGUUGCAAAUGUUAAGAACCCAACAAGUUCAAGGAGGACAAACUACCGCACCAAUUCCUCAGGAUGUUAAUCCUCAAUCUUAUCAACAACUAAAUGGUCCUCCACCAAUGCUUGGUAAUCCUCCAACUUUUGCUCAACCAACUCCUGGACCACAAGGACCUCCUGGUAUGCCAACGUAUGGAAGUAGACAUGAUAGUAGACAAAAUCAUCCACAAAUCCCCAUUUCAUUAUCAGCUCUUCAUCAUGGAGAUAGUAAUCAUCGUGACUUACCCCCAAUGUCGAGAGGUGAUUUGCAAAUGCAAAGGAGUGAUUUACCUCCCAUGUCAGCUCCAAUGCCAAUGUCAAGAAGAAGUCCAGGUCCCUCAGGAUCUUAUGCUCAACCUCAUCUUCGCGAACCAAGACCACCUACUCCUCCAAAUCAACAACAUCCUAUUAAUAAUUCUAUUAUGUCUCCAACUGAUCCAAGAUCUUUAGCUCCACAUCAAUCUCAACAACCACGUUCAGAUAAACGUCAAUCAUCACCACCUCCGACGCUUCCUCAAAUUCAAGAUGAAAGACGUUCAAGAUAUUCUCCUCCUCCAUUACGUCCUACUUACCCUACUUCACCAAGAAUGGGAGCAAGUGAACACGGUAACUCGCAACACUCAGGUUAUCAUCAACAAUCUCAUCAUGAAAUUUCACAUCAUUCUCCUCCGAUUGUUGAUCGUCGUGAUUCUGAUAUGUAUGAUCCUAAUAAGAUUAAACAUACUUCGGAACAAUUAUCAUCGAACCACGAACCUCAUUCUACACAUCUACCUCACCUUGAGUAUCGAGAAUCUCCGUCUAAACCCGAGGAACCUCCAGUCUCAAAUAGCCUUGAUCACGGUUCAAGAGUUUCUAUCUUGAAUACUCCACAUCAAAUUAACCAACAUGAUAAUAGAAUUGGUGGCUCAGUUGAAGACAAAGGAAUGCCACCAUUUUCUUUCCGUCAAGAAGAACAUAGACGUCCUAUUUUAUCAUCAGAGAUCAAAUCCCCUGAAGGACCUUCACAAGAACAACGUCCACCUACAACAGUUAACUUAGAAUCUCCUGUUAGAGAAAACUCUUAUGGUAGUCCAACUUUCAGCGAAUCUGGUGAAAAUCAACGUAAAUCUUCAACCGAUCAACAUUCUAAUCGAGGACCUUCAGAAUUGGUAAAACCUCCGUUCCCAGAGGAACAACAGCAACAACAAAGUUCGCAUUCUCCUAGUGAACAACCAACUUUACCGCGUAUCAUAGAUACAAAUAGUCCAUCUAGUCCUCGCGAAAAUGAUCUUAAUAAACCAAUAUUACCAUCAAUAAGAAGUAAUGCAACACGCCAAGUUGAUGAGGAUUAUGAUGAUACACCUGCGGAUAUAAUUAGUAUUAAUGAAAGUGGUACAUCAUCCGCAGGACAAAAGAGAUCUUAUUCACCAACACCAAAAGGUGGAGAAAAUGAUAUUGACAAUCGGGAUGAUCCUGCUAGUAAGCGACCUAAAACUGCACCGCCUACACCUGGAAGAGAUGACUCUUCACCGACAUCGUCGCAUUCAGAACAAAUAAGAGAGAGGCGAAAAUCCGAACAAAGUGCUAGUGGAAGCGUGACACAAUCGCCCAGGUCAGAAUUAGAUUAAUCUUUUAAAUUGUACCCAAUAAUAUACUUUUUUUUUCCAUUAAUCAGAAUAUGUAAAGAAUAAAGAUAAGAGGAGAAUGAUCUUUCACAAAUAAUUUAUGAUCGUAGCGAUUAAAUCAGUUUUUUAGUUCAUUUUACCUAUUAUAUUCGUUAUGAUAUGGAAAGCCAACAAACAUGUAAGGUAGAUUUCCUUAAGAGAAAUGGAAGUUAUUUUGCAUAUGUACCUAUGGUAAAAAGUACUGGUUGGUUGGGUGGGAAAUUACAAAUAUAAUACUAAUAGUUUUUUUCAAUUGCAAUAAAUUAGCAAUUAGUAGUAGUUAAUAGUUAUUUUAGUACAAAUUUUGUAGC